CAGCUGCAACAAUAGUUGAGAAAGCCCAGGAAUUAGUCCUCGGAUACCCCCUUAUCCUAAAGGCUCCACACACAGUAGCCCUCCUCUUCCAAAAAAUACUCAACAUUUUUCUCAUCAGAGAAUAAACAAAUAGAAAACCACACUUUUAAUGGCUACAAACCUGGUCAUAGAGAGAUGCAAUACCCUGAAUCCAGCUACUCUAUUAUCUCUACCCAGCGACGGGGAACCAGACUCCCACGAUUGCCUUCAAGUUACAGCAUUUUCAGACAAACCCGGGGCAGAUCUUAGUGACUUACCCUUAGACAACCCUGACUUGAUUUUUUUUGUAGAUGGCUCUUCAAAAUUAGUCAAUGGAGUUAGAAGAACGGGUUAUGCAGUAGUAACUCCAUUUAAAGUACUUGAAGCUGAACCACUGCCUGGGCAGUUGAGCUCGCAGGUGGCUGAACUUACUGCCCUUACACGAGCUUGUCAAUUAGCAUCGGGCCACUCUGUAAAUAUUUGGACUGAUUCUAAGUAUGCCUUUGGAAUCUGUCAUGCCACUGGACAAUUGUGGAAACAGAGAGGAUUUAUGACAGCUUCUGGAACUAAAAUAUCAAAUGCUAAACAAGUCAAUGAUCUCCUACAAGCUAUAAUGUUGCCAAAAGCCAUAGCUGUAAUGCAUUGCCCAGCCCAUACCAAAAUGGGAGAUCAAGUCUCAAAAGGCAAUGCCCUGGCUGAUGCUGCAGCUCAAACAACAGCCCUACAGCCACUAUCCGCCCUAGCCUUCCAAACUCAAAUUCCUCAGUCAAAGGCAUAUUUGGGAAUAUUGCUAGAGCCAAAAAUGUACAAGUCUGCACCACCUUUAGAACAACAGAGAUGGAAAGUGGCAGGAGCCACCUGUGAAAAAGAUGGAAUAUGGCAAUUGUCAGAUGAAAGGAUAGCGCUACCUAAAGCAGCCCUUAGACCUUAUCUGCAACAACUCCAUCAAAACGAGCAUUUAGGUUGUGAAAAACUUGCCACUAUCACUAACAGGCUGUUCUACGCACCCGGAGUCUACCAGGAAGCAAAAAGGCUUUUAGAACGCUGCAGUAUAUGCAAAAGUUUAAUAUCAAAGGAGAAAAAUCAGGACCCCCUGGAGCCCGCCCCUGGGCUUAUACUCCCUUUGAAAGACUACAAAUAGAUUUUGCUGAUAUGCCUAAAGACAAUGGGUACAAAAACCUCCUAGUAAUUGUUGACCAACUCACGGGGUGGGUAGAAGCCUUCCCCACCAGAAGAGCUACAGCACAACAAGUAGUAAAAAUACUCUUUAAUGAAAUUAUACCCAGGUUUGGUCCUCCACGUAUCAUUGAAAGCAAUCAAGGAUUACAUUUUACUGCUGACUUAAACAAAACACUGGCCAGCUGCCUAGGAAUAAAAUAAAAAUUCCAUACCCCUUGGCACCCAGAAAGCUCAGGACAAGUAGAGAGAAUGAAUCAGACCCUGAAACAAAAAACUGGAAAGCUAUGUGCUGAGAGCGGGUUAAAAUGGACUAAGAUUCUCCCACUGGCCCUUAUGUCCAUCAGAACGACCCCUAGGAGAAAACUAAAGCUCAGCCCUUACGAGCUGCUGUUUGGACACCCUGUUCCCCAACAUUUCCCCUUACUACCGGCUCACACUUCUUCUCUUUUAGGCGAUGAAGGACUCACCUCUUAUAUUUUAUCUCUACAGUCUCAGUUAAAAUCUCUCCAUAGGUAUGCUGCUUUAAGCCAACCCCUCCCUGCCGGUGUCCCAGCACAUCGCAUCCAGCCUGGAGACUGGGUGUAUGUAAAAACAUGGAAACGGUCUCCUCUUGAACCUAAGUGGCAAGGACCAUAUCGAGUCCUCCUCACCUCCCACACCGCCGUAAAAGUAGCAGAAAAGGACAACUGGAUUCAUUAUACUCGUACAAAGAAGACAGAAGUUUCACCAGAGCUCAGGAUCGGCUCCAACACGAGCUUCCCUGACCUGGAAAAGGGGAAGCCAGAAGAAGACGACUGCGGACUUCGCGGGAGCACCGCACGCCCACCUGACUGCGACAAGGAAGAGGCAAAGAAACAAACAAGAAACCCUGAACCUAAGAAUUCAUCUCUCUGACCCAGCUGCCCUUGAAUGGGUCUUUACACUGAGGUGCUGCUCUGUAACCGCUGUGCCACACGUGGAUGGAAGCGGACCUGAUGGGGAACUGAACCAGCCCGAUGCUUGGGAAUGGGGCAGGCACUUAAGCAGCUCUCAUUGGCUGUUUGAUAAACCAAUCGGAUUGCAUGGACUCCCUCCUGCCCAGUGCACAGGCUAAGACCCGCGCGCCGAAGAACUAGGAUGAAAGGACAGACUGGAGCUCCCAGGGGGGCAGGAAGACACUGCCCGGGUUUUAGCCUAAUUCAGCCAGAGCCCCCGAGCCCCGGGCACCUCCUUCCUCUGGAGCUGGCAGCAGGAUCCACCCCCGUGCCUCUGACGGCCCCACUUCAACUCCCAUUUCCUCAGUCUUUCCCUGACACGAUGCCCACCACAGGCAUUGCCAUAGCAAUAGGAUUACACGUCAAAUGCAGGGUGCCUGUUCCGCUUUCAGGCCCCAGAGGGUUGGCGAUGAGAGCUUACAAAGCAAUGACAAGUUAUAUAUGCACAGGAGUGUAUUUGAUCAACCAUAUGCCUGUACCACUACUAGACGUGGCUGGGGGUCUUUUUCGGGAUUCACCUAAAACUAAUUCAGUGCAAGUCGUGACCUCGGCUUGCAAGAUUUCAACUCGAAGCAACCCAAUCGUUAACUAUGCAGGAUGAAAGCAUGUUUGUCCUGUGUCUUCCUUGCUGUCACGAAGAGUGGGAUUACUCUGUCGUAGGCACUGGCCAUGCAUAGGGGACAUAGCCCCUGAGCAUGGCCAUGCACCCCCUGCUAAAAGGUGCUGUCGACAUUGCCAGUGGCACCUGUGGGCAAUUGCCACUUGCCAGCCCCCACCUCGCUGCCGACACCGCCAGCAGUAUCUGUGGGCGGUCCAUGAUCACUGCUGGCUACCGCCGACACUGCCAGUGCUGUCUGCGGGUGGUUGCCAACCGCUAGCCACCCCCUACCGCCGGCAGUGCC